AUGCGGGGAUGCCGGGCCUGGCGAAGCGGUUUUCUCGGUCUUUGGAUCUGCGGCCAAUGCCUGAGCGCAGAGUUGGCCAGGGAAACUUUAGAAAGAGGCCUCACAACCGUCAAGUUCAAGCAGGACAUCAUCGACCUCUUUCGUUCCAAAAGGUAUGCUUCCAGAGCCGCCUUGGACAUUGGUGCGGGACGCGGGGAAACAACCGCUGCAUUGGCUGUGAAUUUCGCAGUGGUUGUGGCCAUCGACAAGUAUUGGGAUCUGUCUGACGAGUUGGGCUGCUGUCACUUAGAAUCCGGCAGGUUGUUGAAGAGGGAUGGAACCAGAAUCAACAACAUCGUACGGCUUCACAUGGACACAGGCCUGCCAUAUGCUUUCUCUACUCUUGCAGACCAGAACUUCUCGGUGGCGGUAAUCGACGCCCAGCAUAAAUUCGAGAGUGUCGUGCGCGAGACGUUUCAUGUCCUGCGCGACCUUCCGUGCUGCGUUGAGACCAUCAUCUACCACGACUUCUGCUUCGAGGAGGUGUUUCAAGCGAUUCUGUGGUUCGAGCUGGCCGGAAUCCUGACCUUUCAGAAGUUCAUGGGUGAGAGCUUCGAUUCUCCCUUCUGCCGUUCAGUGGGGGAGAACCUGGACAGAGCAGAAGGCGUGGCCGUGAAGGUGGUGCGGCGACCUUUGCAGGACUUCCGGCAGCGUGUUGAGGAGCUGUUCCAAGCAUUUCUGCCCGGCAAAGGCGCCAUGCAUCAGAGGCUGAAUGGCAGUCAGUGGCUAUUGCUUUCCGACACGCCGACAAUUGGGGUGAUGACCAUACGACUGUGGCCCCAGUUGUCUUACAUCAGUGUCCUGGAGAGGCCCCGGUUGAACCUCCGGCGCUUCCCGCGGGUCCCGGGACGCCUGGGUGGAACCAAGUUGUACCUGGGCCUUGCAGAGCUCGUUACAAAGAACAAGCCUGCGGUCGCUUUCAUAAAUCCCGGGCGGGCGAGAUGGCUCCUGGCAGGUUUUCUGGACCGGGAGUUUCAAUUGAUCCGGAUGCCUUUGCCACAAGGGCACCCUCUGCGCAAGGAGUUUCCCGUGGAUGGCUUCAUGUGCAUCAACCUUCGGUGGAGCAUAGGCCUGGCCAAAGAUUUGGAUCACCUGCUGCACGUGGACAACUCUCUAGCUGACCGGAUCGCCCGGCGAUAA